CCACGAUGCCUCUAGCGAUAUGCUGGAAGGAGACUCAUCUUCGUCUCGUAGUCCAUCGUCACAUACAACCACUAUGCCAUCGAACUCCGGGGGCCGUGCUGGGCGCACGAUUUGCUCUGCCACGGCAAAGCUCGAGACAUGCCAUCAACUUCGCAGUUGCAGGAACAAUCACUCUCUCGUCGAUUCCGCCUUCCUCGAGCAUGUUAUUCGUUCUUCACGCUCAAGGAACCCCCUUUGCGACGGAACUAUUGCCAUCGAGUACUCCAAGGAAUCGCAAACAGCUCCUUGGAUUGUGCGGUUCUCGUUGGCUCUCCCAGAUGGGCCGACUGUACUGGCGCACAAGGGAGGCCCGACCCUGAUAUUCGCGCUUAGGUCCUUACUAGUGGAUGACUCUCCCACCAAUAAUCCAGUGCAAACCUGGACGACUCAUUCAAGGACCCUUUGUCACGCUCAUAUGAACAACACCUGCCCAGCAGGUGUGGCGUGCAAUCUUAGUCAUAGUCUUUUUGAUCCCCAAAUGAUUGUUGACUUGAUUGCUCGCCAUGGCUACCCCGGGCGGACGUUCACCAUGUCAUACACGGACAGCGCAGACCUGGUGCUCGGUCGCAAAUGGCAGCUGCUCAUGACCACUGAAGAGCUCAACAUGAAUGUUACUCGACCAUGGAGAGAAGUUUCGGUCGUUGAUGCGAACCUCAACGCUGCCUUUCGUCUUCUCGAGGGCAACGUCGUCUCGAGAGUGCCGCUGCCACCCCAGUAUGACUCCACACGCAAUGCGACAAGAGAGACAUCCUACACUAGCCGGAUCAUCGUUGACCCGGAUUUGCCUCCUGCGUAUAGCCCUGCAGUAGGUAGUGCGGCGCCAGCACCAUCCCGUAUCACGAUCCAGAGGCUUCAAGCAGUGCCAACCUCUGACAGCUCGACUCGAACUCGCGAGAUACCUCCAGCAUACAUCGAUGUUAUGGGUGGGGACAUCGAUGUCAUUAACGAUGACGAUUAUAUUAGCCUGCCUUCGCCAUCGGAUUCGCCACCUAUCGGAGUUCGCACCAGGAGAGAUUUUGCGCAGCGCUCACUCAGCCCUUCUCAACUACCCCUUCCGCCUCAUCCCUACUACAACCGCCGACUAUACGACGAUCGACCGGGCGAGUUCCCUUGGACUGCUUGGGAGAUGUUUUACUGGCUCUCCCAUGCUCAGCCGCCCAGGAGCCGACAUAACCGCUUAAACUCUACGUAUAGCCUUGGCUUGCCGCCUGCUCCACCGGUUGUCAGCCCCGAUGGCUGGGAUAGGCUGGACGAGCUGGACAGUCUCGAGAUUUUAAGCGGCCUAGGGAAGGUAGCUGUGAGAGUUACACAGCGUUUAGGGCAGCGCUUGAUGCAACAUUUCCUCACUUGGCGUACUCGACCUCCAACCGAUGGCAGGGACCUCAAUAUCGCGGUCUUCAGUGCUUUGCAGCAAGUAGAUCGUAGGCUGCCAUACCACCAUUUGUCCGCUAAUUUUGACAACUGCGGGUACAGUGGCUCGACUAUCUUGUAUGGAAUUGCCUUACCGGCGCUGUUGUGGUGGAUCGACGGGUGGCUCCUGCGAGAUUCUAUCUUCUCGCUUAUCCGUUUGUUCUCCUGGCUCUUCUUUUCCUAUGUUUAUCCUCCGAUCAUUCCCUGCUUCCUUGUCGCAUCACUCACGCAUUCGCGAUUCUUGACAUCAGUCGUCCUCUGUGGUUUGCACCCCGCGGCGACGCAGUACGUAUUUUUCAACUACAUCACACGCGGAUGGGUGUACUCCACCUUCGUAUAUGUUGCUCACAUGCAGAUAGGACUCUUCAUUUAUUACGCUAUCCUUCGUUUCCUAGGACAUCCCUUGUACAUGGCAGUAUUCAUGCGUGGACUCACUGCUGGUGUACUCUAGGCUUGGGAAAGGAUAACCUCG